AUCGUCCGAGGUUUUCAAGAUGGUCCGAGCCGGGGCAGCCUUCUCCGGGAGCCCAGCUAGUCCCAGAAGCCCGGAACCGCCCCGCCUUCGAGGACAGGGGGCUGCGCGUGCCUGUGCGGUGCAGCUGUUUGACGGAUCUGUUGCUGUGCUUUCCCUUAGACCAGUCCCGGGAGAGAUGGACGAAGCCGAUUCUGCGUUUUCGAAAUUCAAGCCGGCAGCCGAGGACUCCGUUGCCCUCACGCCCUCCAGCGCCGACCCCGUCUAUGUGGAAGAUCCCUACACUGCGUCGCUGAGGAGCGAGAUCGACGCCGAUGCCCACGAGUUCGAGGCUGAGUCCUGGAGCUUGGCCGUGGACCAGGCCUACGCCCAGAAACAGAAGCGAGAGGUGGCGCGAAGGCAGGAUGUGCUCUACGAGCUGAUGCAGACGGAGGCGCACCACGUCCGCACGCUGAAGAUCAUGCUGAAGGUCUACUCCAGGGCCCUGCAGGAGGAGCUGCAGUUCAGCGGCAAGGCCGUCAGCCGCCUCUUCCCGUGCGUGGACGACCUGCUGGACCUGCAUGGCCACUUCCUGGCCCGCCUUAAGGAGCGCCGCCAGGAGGCGCUGGAGGAAGGCAGCGAGCGGAACUAUGUCAUCCACAAGAUCGGGGACCUCCUGGUCCAGCAGUUUUCAGGUGAAAACGGGGAGAGAAUGAAAGAGAAAUACGGUGUGUUUUGUAGUGGGCACAACGAGGCAGUCAGUCAUUACAAAUUACUGCUGCAGCAAAACAAGAAAUUUCACAACUUGAUCAAGAAAAUCGGCAACUUCUCCAUCGUGAGGCGGCUGGGCGUGCAGGAGUGCAUUCUCCUCGUCACCCAGCGCAUAACCAAGUACCCCGUGCUGGUGGAGCGCAUCAUCCAGAACACGGCAGCCGGCACCGAGGACUACGAGGACCUGACCCAGGCGCUGAACCUCAUCCGGGACGUCAUCUCCCAAGUGGACACCAAGGUCAGCGAGUGGGAGAAGGGCCAGCGCCUCAGGGAGAUCGCGGGCAAAAUGGACCUGAAGUCCUCCAGCAAACUCAAGAACGGGCUCACUUUCCGCAAGGAGGACAUGCUGCAGCGGCAGCUCCACCUGGAGGGCGCCCUGUGCUGGAAGAGCACAUCCGGGCGCUUGAAAGAGGUCCUCGCCGUCCUGCUGACUGACGUGCUGCUGCUGCUGCAGGAGAAGGACCAGAAGUACGUCUUCGCUUCCGUGGACUCGAAGCCUCCCGUCAUCUCCCUGCAAAAGCUCAUCGUGCGGGAGGUGGCCAACGAAGAGAAGGCCAUGUUUCUGAUCAGCGCCUCCCUGCAAGGGCCAGAGAUGUACGAGAUCUACAUGAGCUCCAAGGAGGACAGGAACACCUGGAUGGCCCACAUCCGCCGCGCUGUAGAGAGCUGUCCUGACGAGGAAGAGGGACCCUUCAGCGAGGCUGAGGAGGAGAGGAAGAUGGUCGAGGCCCGAGCCAUGAAACUCAAGGACUUCCAUGUGCGCCUGAGCCUGAAGGACCAGCUGAUCGCGCAGAGCCUCCUGGAGAAGCAGCAGAUCUAUCUGGAGAUGGCCCAGAUGAGCGGGCUGGAAGACCCCGGCCCCGCGCGAGGCCUGUUCCGGGGAGGAGACCCCAUGGAGAUCCUGCAGGGGGAGCACAUCCUCAGGUCCGCCAUGAGCGAGAUCGAGGGCAUCCACAGCCUGAUCUGCAGGCGGCUGGGCAGCACGAGCUGCCAGGCAGAAGAAGGAGGCAGCUCCACGGGCCCACCGCGGAGGGCCGAGACCUUCGGGGGCUACAGCGCUGGCGGCCCGGGUCGGAUGGAGCUGCUGCGCAGGCUGAAGAAGCAGAACACGGCCCCUGGGGGGCUGCCGCUCGAGGUGCUGGCGGAGGCCCAGUCUCAGAGUCACCCUCCUCCCAGCUCUAACGGGGAAGGGCUCGAGGGAACCUUGGCAGUGGCCAAAGCCCCGGGCACCUGGAUGACCAUGCCGCUGUCUGGGGCGGGGCUGGAGUUCACGGAGCGGCCCGAGGUGGUCCGGCGGGACAGCGCCCCUGCCGAGAGCCGGUCCGCCAAGAGCGAAGUGCCCAUCCAGCUGCUCAGCGCCACCAAUCAGAUCCAGAGGCAGACGGCCGUACAGCAGCAGAUCCCCACCAAGCUGGCCGCCUCCACCAAGGGUGGAAAGGACAAAGGUGGCAAGAGCCGGGGUUCCCAGCGCUGGGAGAGCUCAGGCUCUUUUGACCUGAAGCAGCAGCUGCUGCUUACCAAGUUCAUGGGCAAGGAGGAGAACACCGCCAAGAACCGCCGGUCGGCGAGCCCUGUGCUGCCCAGCAGCCACAGCUCCGUGCCUGCCCCAGACCCCUGCUUCCCAGCCCCGAGCCCGGCGCCAGCCGACAGCUCCCCUGAGGCCUUCUUUUUCAAGGCUGGGGCCACCUUCCCGCCCAUUGCCCCGUGUCCCUCGCCCCUGCCAGCCACGCCUCUCAGCACCACUAAAGAAGCCAGCAAGGAAGACGUCAUCUUCUUCUAAGGGGCAGUGGCUCCAGGUGCAGGCCCCUCCCCUUCCUGCCCUCUGUGUCUCCGGGGACCCCGUAUAGGGUGACCACCAGCCCAGCUGUCCCCUCCCCUGCCCAAGCACACACCCGGCGGCCACCUGACUGGGUCUGCCUGUUGAUGCUUUGGGUCCUGCGGCUCUUUCUGUGCCCCUGGGUAAUUCCCUCCACCUGUUUAUGUAUAAGGAUGUGUUUUGUGGAAGGUUGAACCCCAGCUAAGUCAAGGAGCUACUUUAAACCACUGGGUAGGGGAGAGAUGGACUCAGCUGGUUUUCCCUGGCAGCAAGGAACAGGGGGUCCCCGUGGGGCUGGGGGACAGGCCAGGCCUCAGAGCUGCUGGCCCCAGCCAGGCUGCGCAGCCCCCCGGGAUUCAUGAGGUCACUGGAAGGGGCCAGGCGGGACCCCUGCUGGUCAUGCAGAAGCCAGCCAGAGGGGCAAGCUGGGGGCCCAGGGUUAGAGGCCACCGGGCAGGGACUGAGGGUGGCCCUCGGUACCCGGGCAGGCAGUGGGCCCGGAAGCUCCCUCUGAAGACAAAGUGGGCAUUGCCCAGUGGAGGGGUGACUCUGCUCUGUGGCCCAUCUAGGGUGGGAGCCCCGGCCUUGGGCUUUAGCCAGAGUGGCUUGCACCCGAGGCAGGGUCUGCAGUCCUCCAGGCUGCUUGGAGGAAGUGCCUGGACUCGCUGCCAGCCAGAGGACAGGUGGCCGUUGUGAGCUGCAGCAUGGCAUGGGGGGUCCGAGGUGUUGGGCGGAGCAGUGCAUGAAUGGUCAGAUCUGCCCGAAUGCUGGCUGCCUGGGGCAGGGAACACCUCAAGACUCACCGCCACCCAGGCCACCCGAGUCCCCUCCUGAGGUGGUGGCAGCAGGACCCAGCCCUGGGCUGGUGGUUCCUGCUCCCAGAGGGGUGGCACUGGGCCCCAGCCAGGGCCAGGUCACUCCCAAAGCCAGCAGGGACCUGGGGACAGCCCGUCAGCCCUGUAGGCAGGGCCUGUGUGCCACGGCCCGGGAGGGGAGGUUACCAGAUGGGUGAGGCUCGGCCAGUGGCCUGGCGUCCCCACCCCGUCAUCACCCAGCGUCGCCCGCCCUGGGCCCUUCCCACCAGCAGCGCACUCAGUGUCCCAGCAGCUAGCAGGUCUCGUGCGUGCCAUGCCCUCGUCAGUGUUGUGUAUUUUUGUACUGAGAUGUUCGGAGCACUUUAGAAAAGCUGGCUUUGAGUUCCGCUCUGUUGUGAAGAGGAAGUUCACGGUGCCCCCAGCCUCAGUUC